GCAAAACCGGUGAUGCUCGCAUUUUGGCAGUUUUAGUGCACCUUGCGAGAGCUUCUAUUUGCCGCGAGAUCUUCAGUCACGCCAGCGAGUUCGUCAGAGAUGGACACGGAGGCGCAGAAGGAAUCAGAGAAACUCUUUUCGAAGCAACCACUGCCACUUAUAAAUGACGGACUGAAUAACAACUUUUUAAAAUGCGACACAAAGGAAGAGAACGAGAAAAAUAACAAUGCGGGCAAGAACAAGUUUGAGAGUUUUGAGGAGAACGUGUUUGAAGCGGAGAAAACGCUUCAUUACGGAUUGGAAGAUAACCCGCCUUGGUAUACGUGUGUUGUCCUUGGAUUUCAGCACUACAUAACAUUUGUAGUUGGAAUCGCGUCAGUUCCAAUGAUAAUGGGGCCGAAACUGUGCAUGCUCGAGGACGACGCGUCGCGAGGGGAGCUUGUGUCCACGCUCAUGUUUGUCUCCGGAAUCGUGACAAUUUUACAAACCACAAUUGGAGUGAGAUUGCCGAUUGUGCAAGGCAGUUCGUUUGGUUUCUUGGCGCCGGCUCUCGCGCUCUUGAACCUGCCCAAAUGGCAGUGUCCACCUCAGGAAGAACUCCUGCAGAUGAGUGCAGAGGACAGGCGUGCCCUUUGGCAAGUUCGCAUUAACGAAAUUUCCGGAGCAAUUUUGGUCGCCUCUUUAUUUCAGAUGUUGAUUGGAUUCGGAGGGCUGAUCGGAUCAGUUUUAAAGUACAUCACCCCGUUGACGAUAGCUCCGACCGUCGCAUUGAUCGGUUUGUGUCUGUUCGACGCAGCAGCGCGGGAGGCGUCCGGCAAUUGGUGGAUUGCUGCCGGGACAAUCGCCCUUUUGACGACGUUUUCACUCUACAUGAGAUUUUUGGAGGUGCCGCUUCCGACGUGGGGAAAGAAGGCAAAAGGCGGAGAGAAGAGAAAAGGACGCACUUUUCCCUUUUUCCAAAUAUUUCCUGUUCUGACUGCCAUGGUGGUUAUGUGGGUGAUUUGCGGCCUUUUGACCGCAACCGGACUGCUGCCCGAGGAGAAUUUGGCCAGGACAGACUCGAAACUAAAAAUCCUGCACGAAGCUCCGUGGUUCAACUUUCCUUAUCCAGGCCAGUGGGGAAGUCCGACCGUCAGCGCGGCAGCGGUGUUCGGCAUGCUGGCAGGCGUGAUCGCGGGGGCAAUCGAGUCUGUUGGCGACUACUACGCUUGUGCUCAGUUUUGUGAGGCGCCGCCGCCGCCCAUCCACGCAGUGAACAGGGGAAUCGGAACGGAGGGCCUUGGGUGUCUGCUCGCGGGCAUUUGGGGCACCGGCAACGGCACGACCAGUUUCAGCCAAAACAUCGGCGCGAUCGGCGUGACCAAAGUGGGAAGCCGGCGGGUGGUGCAGUACGCCGGCGUCAUCAUGAUCAUCAUGGGCGCCUUCAGCAAGGUCGGUGCCUUUUUCAUCACCAUUCCGUCGCCCAUUUUCGGCGGAGUGUUCUGCAUCACCUUUGGAAUGGUCACCGCAGUCGGAAUAUCGACUCUGCAUUUUGUUUCCCUCAAGUCAUUCAGGAAUAUGUACAUCAUUGGAUUUUCUAUUUUCUUCGCCUUAGUUCUGCCCCGUUGGAUGCAUAGUAAUCCCAACGUAAUACAAACCGGAAGCGAGUUUUUGGACCAACUAUUCACCGUGCUUCUAUCCACCAGCAUGUUUGUCGGUGGCAUAAUUGGUUUUGUCUUGGACAACACUGUGCCAGGCACUGACGAAGAGAGGGGUCUAACAACCUGGAACAAACACCACGCUUCCUCCGAGGGGACAGUGGCCGAGGACGCUCCCACCUGUUACGACUUGCCUUUCGGAAUGGAAGCAAUUCGAAAUGCUAAAUGGACCCGCUACUUGCCUUUCAUGCCAACAUUCAACCGAGCGUAAGCCGCGAUAUUUCGUCUUUAAAAGAGGGAGUAGUAGAGUUUUGGGUUCGCAUUUAACUCGUAAAUUGUGAAUAAAAGAAAAAAAACUCACA